AAUAGCCUUUAGAUAGUGUCUACUAACCGUGUGACUUGUGAAACACAAAAACUUGUCCCUUUCUUCUUUUUCUCUCAGAUCUCAGACAAACCAAAGGAUAACAAAACAACAACAAAAAGUUUAAAUCUUUUGCAUGAUAAACCUUGUUCAUGAACUCAAAAACAAGGCUAAGAAAACCAGUUACAAAAACAAAACUUGCAAUCAAAUUAUUCUAUCUGGGUGGUUGAAGUUUCUGUCUUUCUUUUGUGGGGUUUGAAGAUUAACGUUUGUGGAACCGAAGAAGCGAGAAAUUCAAUUUUCUACCGCAGAUUUUUCACUUAACUUUAAGAACAGAGUAAGCAAAAUUUCAAACCGAUGAAAGAAGCUGAGAAAAGCUUAGAUCCACAACUAUGGCACGCAUGUGCAGGAGGAAUGGUUCAAAUGCCACCAGUGAACACUAAAGUUUUCUACUUUCCUCAAGGGCAUGCAGAACAUGCUCAAUCCAACGUUGAUUUUGGAGAUUCUUUCAGAAUUCCACCGCUUAUCCUCUGUCGUGUAGCUUCUGUGAAAUUCUUAGCCGACCCAGAAACAGAUGAAGUUUUUUCAAAGAUAACGUUGAUUCCUUUGAGAAAUUCAGAGCUUGAAAACGAAGAUUCUGAUACUUUUAAUGGUAAUGCUUCCGAGAGUUCCGAAAAGCCUGCAUCUUUUGCAAAGACUUUAACUCAAUCUGAUGCAAACAACGGUGGAGGGUUUUCGGUUCCGAGAUACUGCGCUGAAACGAUUUUUCCUCGGCUCGAUUACUCGGCUGAGCCCCCUGUUCAAACGGUGAUUGCGAAGGACGUUCACGGCGAGGUUUGGAAGUUUAGACAUAUCUAUAGAGGAACACCAAGGAGGCAUUUGUUAACAACUGGUUGGAGUAGUUUUGUGAAUCAGAAAAAGCUUGUUGCAGGUGAUUCUAUUGUGUUUCUGAGAGGUGAAAAUGGUGAACUUUAUGUUGGGAUUCGUCGCGCGAAGAGAGGAAUAGUGAAUGGAUUGGAAACACCUUCUGGGUGGAGUUCUGGUAAUGGAAGUUCAGGUCUUGGAAUUGGACCUUAUGGUGGUGCUUUUUCGGUUUUUCUGAGGGAAGAGAAUAACAAGUUGUUGAGAAAUGGGAUUGGUGAUGGGGGUGUUGGUGGUAAUUUGGGAGGUGGGAGAGUGAAAGUGAGCGGUGAAUCGGUGAAAGAAGCUAUGAGACUUGCUGCGAGUAACCAAACAUUCGAGGUUGUUUAUUAUCCGAGAGCGAGUACUCCUGAGUUUUGUGUUAAGGUUUCAUCUGUUAAAGCUGCUAUGAGAAUUCAAUGGUGUUCUGGUAUGAGGUUUAAGAUGCCAUUUGAAACCGAGGAUUCUUCGAGGAUUAGUUGGUUCAUGGGGACAAUUUCGUCUGUACAUGUUGUCGAUCCGAUUCGUUGGCCUAAUUCGCCUUGGAGACUUCUUCAGGUAACUUGGGACGAACCGGAUUUGCUACACAAUGUGAAGCGAGUAAGUCCGUGGUUGGUUGAAUUAGUAUCAAGCAUGUCGGUGAUUCAUCUCUCGCCCUUUUCGCCACCGAGAAAGAAACUUCGUUUUCCACAACAUCCCGAUUUCCCUCUUGAUGUUGUUCAGUUUCCAAUACCGACGUUUUCAGGCAACCCUCUUAAUCCGUUGUGUUGUCUAUCUUCUUCUUCCGAUCAUUAUAACGCUCCUGCCGCAGGCAUUCAGGGAGCCAGGCAUGCUCAAAUUGGAAUAUCUUUAUCAGAUCUUCGCGUAAACAACAUCAACAACAAUAGAAUUCAGUUAGGUGUGUUUCCGAAUAACCCCGAGACGAUUUCUAAUGAUAAGAGCAAAGAAAGUUUAUCAUGUUUGUUGACCAUAGGAAACUCUCAUAAGAGAAGUUUGGAGAUAAAUUCUGAUAAUAAUGUUAAGAGACACCAAUUUUUGCUUUUCGGUCAACCGAUUCUCACCGAGCAACAAAUCUCUAGAAAAGCUUCUAGUGAUAAAGACAAAGAGAAAUGGUUUUUAAGUGAUACUUCUCAAUCUUCAAUUUCCGAACAGUUUUCACCGGGAAAAUCUUCUAUUACCACAACUAGUACUACCGAGUUUUGUUGGCAACAGCUUGGAUUAGAUACCGGUCAUUGUAAGGUUUUCUUGGAGUCAGAAGAUGUUGGAAGAACCUUAGAUUUGUCAUGUAUUGGUUCAUAUGAAGAACUAUACAGAAAACUGGCUAAGAUGUUCGGUAUAGAAAGAUCCGAGAUGUUGAGUCGCGUACUCUAUCGUGACGCGACAGGUACUGUUAAACAAACCGGUGAAGAACCCUUCAGUGACUUCAUGAAAACAGCAAAAAGAUUAACAAUUCUGAUGGAUUCAGCUAGCAAGGAUACUCGAAGGGUUUGCAUCACAAGAGCUAGGAAUGGUGAAUGUGGAUUAGAUGCAUCAAAUAAGACAGGACCUAUGAGCAUAUUUGCUUAAUAUUAUGAUGCAAUUCAUUUGAGAUAUUAUUAUUGUUAUAAGAUUUCAUGAAGUUGAAUGUUAGAGACCUUAUUAUUAUUUAUUUUUUUGUUGAAUCAUGUAUUAUCAUGCAUGAUUAGUACUAUUCUAAUGUUAACCAACAUUUGGUUUCCAUUAAUGACUUGUUUUAAAUUGGAACUAUUAAUCAAGUUUUGUGUAUUGUUAA